AACUAAAGAACCCCAACCAAAAGAAAAGAGUUUUCUCUCUCUAGAAAAACACUCCCCCUAGAUGUCCCAACCGGAGCAACAUACCACAACCUCCCCUCCUUCGACGCCAAAACCACCGGAUCCUCCAGAUGCAAAUGAUAACAAUAUGGAGUAAGAUGCCUCCCCAAAACAAUCGUACAAAGAAGUUGUCAUGGAAAAAAAUUCGUCAACCACCACAUGCUACAACCCAGAACCCCAAUCGGACGAUGAGAACAAUUCACUAAAUGAGUUAAACGAUUUCAUCCAGCUAUCGAUUGAUGAUAAGACCAGGCUAUACUCUCCGUGGAGAAAGUCGGUGAUAAUAAAAUGUGUGGGUAAGAAAAAAUUCAAUCACCAGUACCUACGUUCAAAGCUAACAGAUCUAUGGAAGAUUAAUGAACCGGUCAUCCUAAUUGAUUUGGGUGAAGAAUUUUACACAGUAAAAUUAUCACUCGAUGAAAGCCAAAAGAGAAUUUUGCAUGAGGGUCCAUGGUUUGUCAUGGGUUCAUACGUUUCGACAAGGCAAUGGGAGCCUAACUUCAUCCCCAACAAAUCCAAGGUUACAUAUACGACAAUUUGUCUAAUAUUACCCUCCCUACCAACUGAGUUCUAUGAUAAAAUAAUUUUGGAACGAAUCGGAAGAAAAAUUGGGAAUCUCCUCAAAAUUGACUCAUGCACCUCCUCAACCCUCAGAGAGAGGUACGCAAGAAUAUGCGUACAAGUUCAAAUGGAUAUACCGGUCCGAACUUUCAUAAGGAUAGGGAACCACCGUCAAUUAAUCUGCUACGAAGGUGAAGGGAUCUUGUGUAUGGGUUGCGGAAAGUUGGGACAAACUUUGGGAGAUUGUGGGUUUAGAUCCCCCACUCAGUCAAUCAACUAAGAAAAAUCACAGAAAGAUCCAGCAAACUCAGCAAUCAAAGAACACAACGAUGGAGCAGAAACAACUAAAUGGAAAACUGUCUCUUUUAACAGGAAGAAAAAAGUCAGAUAAGGCCGAAACACACAAAUCAUCCUCAGGAGACAGGUUAGCGCUGAGAAGACUGGGGCAUCCACCAUUGAUCCAUUGCUUUAGGGAGCAAAACCAAGUUGUUGAUAGCCUGGCUAAGGAAGGAGCAAAAAGGAAAUUUUUAGAAAGCAUCCAGAUUUUUGCAGUUCCUCCUGUGUAUGCAUUAGAUAGCGUUUGGAUAGACAUAUUAGGAACUCAAUUUAUUAGAAAAAAUAACUCUGAACUGAUUAGUCAUGAUGCUUAUUAUUUGGAGCCGGACUAAGAUGUUGCUACUGGGUUGUACUAACUCUCUUAUUUAGCUAUAAUAUAUAUCCCUAUUACCAAAAAAAAAAAUUUAUAACUAA